AUGUGGAUGAUGUUACUGCGUACUGCCGCUGUCGCGAAGAUGAGAGAGGUGUGGUUCAUUGUCAAUGGUGUUCACAUCCGUUACGGGUUGAGGGAACACACAUUGAUAUCUGGCCUAAACUGCUGCAAUUAUCCUCUCGGAUACAAGGAGUUUUGCAAGAAGAAAUUUGUGAAGCGCUAUUUCAAGAACGGCGAAACAAUAAGGUUGGAAGAUGUGAAAGCGAAGUUGUUGGCAAUGGGAGCCCAUAGAGACAGGUUGAGGAUGAUGGUUCUGUUCUUUUUAGGAAGUGUUAUAUGCGCACAAACCAAAGUUGGUCCAGGAGCCAAUGAUGGUUCUGUUCUUUUUAGGAAGUGUUAUAUGCGCACAAACCAAAGUUGGUCCAGGAGCCAAUGA